AGAAUCUCUUGAUUUAUCACCGGGUUGAACUUCAGUGUUUUGUUGGCGCUUGAUAGAUUGACGCGAAGAAAACUGGGAGAUAGCGACAAUGGCAUUUGAUGGUUUUAUCUUUACAUAAUGGCCUUUGCUAUCGAGCAUCAAAUACAAGAUAUAGAUCAUCAAGCUUGAUGCACAGCGUAUACGUUCGCGAACUCCAGCCCAGCGAAAUACAGAGAAAAGAGGCCUCUGCUAGCAGGGAAUGAGCCUCCUUGACACCGUUAUGCUUUUGGUCUUCCUGUGGUAUUUCCGAAACGAGAAGUGAAAGUAAACAUCAAUAUGGCGGCUGCGAGGGGAGAAGAACGCGCCGAUUAUUUCUUUAAAAUCGUUAUCGUUGGCGACUACAAGUGCGGCAAAACCUCGCUAUUAUACAGAUAUACAGAUAAGAUAUUUAAUAGAAGUUUACACUCCACUGUUGGGGUCGAUUUUCGCUGCAAAACUUUGACAAGAGAUGGCAAACGAAUCAAACUUCAGAUCUGGGAUACCGCAGGUCAUGAGCGUUUCCGUACUGCGGUGGCGAGUUAUUAUAGAGGAGCAACUGGUGUACUCUUGGUGUAUGAUAUAACAAGCAGACAGUCGUUUUGCAGCGUCGGUCACUGGUAUGGGGAGAUGCAGCACAACUGUGAACAAGAAGCAAAAGCUGUACUUGUUGGCAACAAAUGCCACCUUGAUUGUGAGCGCGAGGUAUCUGUGGCAGAGGGGAGAGGCCUUGCCAAGGAACUUGGUCUGCCAUUCUUUGAGACAAGUGCAGAGAAAAACAUCAAUGUCACAGACUGUUUUGAAGCCCUGGUAGACUCAAUACUUGAAGAAAUCAAACAGAAAGAAAUAUUUAAAUCAAUAGAAGGAAUAAUGUUGCCAAAUGAUAAAAUAGUUGUCCAAAACAGACAUGAGGUUGAGGCUUGUUCAUGCUGAGGGUGUGAUAACUUAUUAGCCAGAUAUUUUGACAGUCUAUUUUUAUGUGUUUGUGCCAAGAUUUAUAACAGGGGAAAAUACCCUACUUGUAGGUUUUGAUAGUUUUUCCCACUGCCACCAUAGUGCUAUGGUGGCUCUGCAUGGGGAGGGGGAGAAAAAAAUGCAUUUUUUUUCUCCUCCUCCCCCUGCGGAGUGCUUUAUCCAAGAUGGCGGCCAUGGUAUGCGAACUUUGUCAAAUGUGUUUUCCUGUUUUCAGGGUUUUCGUGCCGGAAAAACUAUCAAAGCCUACAAGUAGGCUAGGGCGAGAAUGAAAAGGCUCAAGCAGUUUCAACCAUUUGCAUCCAUCCAUCUGAUCCAUUAGGCGUGAAUAUUUUACGUUAGUUUAAACCCAGGGUAUAAAACAUUAACAAAAUUGCAAGGGUGGAAUUACUGUAAAUAGUACUACAUUCUUAUACUGUCCCACAGCCAGACAUACAAAUAAAAACAACAACUCACAAA